AUGUCGCCGGCGGAGAUGGAGUCCCACAAGAUGGUUGAGGUGGAGGCGGCGGCGGAUCCUGAGGAGCGCACCGCCUCCGGUGACCCCAAGGCCUGCGACGACUGCAACACCACCAAGACGCCGCUCUGGCGCGGCGGACCCAACGGACCAAAGUCGCUGUGCAACGCGUGCGGGAUCCGGUACCGCAAGAGGCGGCGGGUGGCCAUGGGGCUCGACCCGGAGGCCAAGAGGAAGCCCAAGAGGGACGACGCCAUCCUAUCCAAGGCGGAGGCUUCUAGUACCAAGGAGGAGGAGGAGGAGGACAACAAGGCCAGCACCAACAAGAUCAAGACCAAGACGACUACUCACACCGUGGAGCUCCACAUGGUGGGGUUCGCCAAGGACGCGGUGCUCAAGCAACGGCGCAGGAUGCGGAUGCGGCGGAGGAAGCCGUCGUGCCUGGGCGAGGAGGAGCGGGCCGCCAUCCUCCUCAUGUCCCUCUCCUCAGGCGUAAUAUACGCCUGA